CGCACUGCGACAUCCUUCAAGCCAACGGCCACUUUGAAGCGUUUGCGAAGCCUUCAUUUGGAUCGGGAUUGAGUAAUGUCCGUCCCAUGUCCUCAGUUGCUGACAGCCUGUAGACAUACACUAGGGCAGAGCAUCUGAGACGACACCAGCAGAAUCACAAACCUGGUGCAUUUCCAUGUGACGUACCAGGGUGCGGCCGUUCGUUCUACCGCGAAGACCUCUUGAUUCGACACAAGGCGAGACACAACGACCCCAAUGACCGACCGAGUCGAAGAGAGAGUGUAGCUUCAGCACCCGAUGCAGGUGGAUUUGCUCAUCCAGACCAUCUUGGCAGCGCACCAAUGCCACCUACGAUAGGUUCGACCACUAGUACAGUCGCACCAGAGCUGCGCGCAGACACAUCAGACCCAGAUGGACAGCAGUCGAAUGUAUCCUCGAGGACUCCCAAGCGAAUGCCGAUUCCACCAAACGAAUUGUGCCCUGGUGCUAUCCCACUUGCUGUUGGUGGUCCGCUACAACAGUCUCACAAUCUGUGGCAGCCAGCUUCACCACAGACUCCGCCGUGUUACGAUGACGAAUCGUCAGAUGAACAUUCAGGCGCUUACUUUCACCCCGAACCUGUGAGAGCUAGGCAAUUUUCCGAUGCAUAUAACUUCAUGUACGACCAACCACAAAGCAACUCGCGAUCACCAGCAUCUACGGCGUCCUCGACGAUGUAUCUGCAGUGGCUAUAUCCGACUGGGUCCGGCACUCCAUAUGAAACCCGAGUUUCUUCUGCCUUCAUU